AUGGCCGAAACACGAGUUGCAAUCAUCACCGGCGGUGCCAGCGGCAUCGGCCUGGCCACGGCAACGGCCCUCGGCGCGCGCAAGGCCGGCUGGGAGAUCCACAUCCUCGACUACAACCCGGCGGCUGUCAAGGCCGUCGACGGCGUCGUCGGCGGCGUUUUCCACCAGGUCGAUGUGACGGACUACAAGGCUCUGGGCAUUGUUUUCCGCGACAUCUUUCGACUGCACAUGCGUAUCGACUUUGUCUAUGCCAAUGCCGGCGUGGGCGAGCGCGCCGACGCGUUCUACGACCGCUCCGAGGCGUCUAACCGCGACGAGCCGCCGCCGCUGCCCAAAGGCACGCAGACGAUCAUCGACGUCUGCCUGACGGCGGCCACGACGACGGCCUACCUCGCGCAGCACUAUUUCCGGCUGUCGCCCGAGUCGACGCGGGGCGAGCGCGUCCUCACGUUCACGGCCAGCUGCGGCGCGCUGUACCCGUCCUUUAGCAGCCCCGUCUACACGGCCACAAAGCACGGCGUGCUGGGCCUCAUGCGCUGCCUCGACCGCGUCAUGUGGCGGCGCGACGCCGUCCGCGUCAACGCCGUGCUGCCCGGCACCGUCAAGACGAACCUGCUGACGGCCGAGCUGUGGCAGCAGUUCCCGGAGGAGUACUUUACGCCCGUCGCGCAGAUCGCCAAGGCCGUCCUCGUCUUCCUCGACAACAAGGACCCGGCGCGGCCCGACCUCGACGUGAUCAAGGGCCAGGCCAUAGAGUGCUCGGGCCAGAACAUGCACUACCGCGACCCGUAUCCGUUCUGCGACCCAGGCAUGGAGCGCGUCAUGGCGGCGACAGACACGGGGAAGUAG